AAACCUACAAAUAAAACCAGAGAAAAACUCAGAAACAGCGACAAAAAAUCGAUCAAACGUUCAAAAGAAUGGUGCUUUGGGAGAUCACAUUAGGCACCGCCUAUUUCUUGGGGCUCCGCCGCACUUACAGACUCGCCCUCAAGAUUCAGCGCCGCCUCAUCGGCCCUAACCACCCUAAGAUCCGUGAAUUUGCUCACAGGCGAACACGUGCUGUGUUUGAUGUAGUUGUCAAGGUUCACAAGAACGUUCAGCAACGAGACAUAGAAGUUGGUAGAAAUCUUGGUAACCGGAUCCUGCGCUGGCUCGAUCGGAUGAAACCUGAAGCUGAGAUUCGGCGUCCCCUGGACAAACCUCCCACUGGUUCUAAGUCUAGCAUGAGUAUUACAAAGCAGGUAAACUCCUCCCAGCUCAAAACUCCUGGAAGCACUCAGAUAACCAGAAAUCAGGACUCUGACAGACAAUUGUUUUCAACAAUGACAAAUAUGUGGUCUAAACCGUUGCCUCCAAUUACAAUGAUGAUGAGAUCACAAAAACCUUCUGGGAAUAUGACCCACUACCGCCACUUAUGCAUGAACGCGCCUCAACCAUUAAGAUCAAACUACAGUACAGGCGGGUUUGGGGGAGUUAUACGAAAUGAUAUAAUGCAGUGGAUGCUGCAAAAAUGAUGGGACAGAGGUACUUGCCCUUUGUGUUUUCAUAGUAGCCAAACAAUCUUGAGAUCGGAUUAAAGGAGCGAUAGGUUAUGAGGAUGUGAUACGGUUCCUCUGAAGUUGAGCUGACUGUUGUUUCUCAAAAUCUGCUUUCAGAUAAGUUUUUUGUCUAUUCAUUUUCUGGAACAAACUACAAGCACAAUUGUUUGGUUGUUGUUCUUUGUUCUUUUUGUUUAUUGUUGGGAAGCUAUAGUAGCACAGGACACGAUCACGAUGAUUUUGUAAUUAAAUUAAGGAGAUUUUAAUUCAUAAUUGUUGGUUCAGACCAUAGUCAGCGAAGUUCUCAUGUUCAUGUGUACUGAAAUAGUGAAUACCUCCCCCCCAGUCGCCACUCUUACACUUGGCCUGACGGGCGACGGUGAUUGAAGGAGGUUGGUUGGAGAUUAACUUUGGAGCUGCAUUUCUAACCAGUUCGAAUUUCAGUAUAACCCGUGAAGUUUAACGAGGUUGAUUUGCGUGGCGUUGCGUUGCGUUGCGUUGCUUUGCUUCCGAGCUGAUGCUAUUUUUGCUUCCCCCGGGACGAGUUUGUUGUUUGAUGCUACUUUUGGCCCUUGUUACUUGUUAGUAUUGAGUGGUAGAGUUUGGUACACAGGACAUGGCUCGAUUUGA